AGAUAUUGAUGAUGAUUCUGGACUCCAGAGGAAAUGCAAGUAAGUGAAACAGAGAAGUGAAGGGAAAAAGAGAAGAGAAGAGAAGAAGGUGUAACUGCAAAAUGAGCGCAUGCCCUCUCUAUGGUUCCAUAAUCAAGCCACCAUCAUCAUCAACAACCCUAUCCCUUCUUCUUCGUAAUCCUCCAUUAUCAUGCAACUUCCCCACUCUCAUUCUCAGGAACCGAAAUUCCAUCUUUGCCCUUCACUCAUACGACGCCAUUUCUACUCAAAACGCCAUUCGCUUUGACGUACAAGAUUCCACCGCAACUGAUUCAGCUGAGGUAGUAGUGGAACCUGCUGAAGCACCUCCAUCAGACAGUGUUGUUGCUGCUGCGAAACCUCAAGAGAAAUUAACCAAGCUUCGGAAGAAGAAAGUACUAUUUCAAGAAGACGAUGACACCAUCGACAACCGCUUCAAGCUCCGCAAUGGACGAGAGGUAUUUGAAGAGAAAGCUUAUUUGGUAGGGGUAGAAAGGAAGGGAGAUAAUGAGGAUGUGUUUGGGAUAGAAGAAUCUCUGAGGGAAUUGGAACAGCUAGCUGACACUGCUGGCUUAAUGGUUGUUGGCUCUACCUACCAGAAGCUUACUUCUCCAAACCCAAGGACAUACAUUGGCUCUGGAAAGGUUUCUGAAAUUAAGAGUGCAAUCCAUGCCUUGGACGUUGAAACUGUAAUUUUUGAUGAUGAGCUAUCACCUGGGCAAUUGCGCAACCUGGAAAAGGUUUUUGGUGGGGACGUGAGAGUUUGUGAUCGAACUGCUCUCAUCCUUGAUAUAUUUAAUCAGCGAGCAGCAACACAUGAAGCAUCCUUACAGGUUUCAUUAGCACAAAUGGAAUACCAACUACCUCGUCUAACAAAAAUGUGGACACAUCUUGAGCGUCAAUCAGGAGGAAAGGUGAAGGGAAUGGGAGAAAAACAAAUAGAAGUGGACAAGCGUAUUUUGCGAAACCAAAUUGGUGCACUUAAGAAAGAGCUAGAAUCUGUUAGGAAACACCGACAGCAGUACCGUAACAGGCGUUUCUCAGUACCUGUGCCGGUGGUAGCCUUGGUUGGGUACACAAAUGCUGGAAAGAGUACCCUUUUAAAUCAAUUAACUGGGGCAGAUGUUUUUGCCGAGGAUAAAUUAUUUGCAACUUUAGAUCCAACUACAAGGAGGGUCCAGCUGAAGAAUGGAAAGGAGUUUCUCCUAACAGACACUGUUGGUUUUAUUCAGAAAUUGCCAACUCAACUGGUUGCUGCCUUCAGAGCUACCCUGGAGGAGAUAUCAGAGUCGUCACUUCUGGUGCAUGUAGUUGAUAUCAGUCAUCCCCUGGCAGAGCAACAAAUAAAUGCUGUUGACAAAGUUCUGUUAGAACUAGAUGUAUCAUCUAUUCCAAGAUUGAUGGUUUGGAACAAGGUUGAUAAGGCUAGUGAUCCCCAGAAAAUCAGGUUAGAAGCUGAAAAUAGAGAUGAUGUUGUAUGCAUAUCUGCAUUAUCGGGUGAUGGCCUACCAGAAUUCUGUAACGCAGUUCAAGAAAAAUUGAAGGACUCCAUGGUGUGGGUUGAAGCUUUGGUACCAUUUGAAAAUGGAGACCUUCUCAGCACCAUACACCAAGUUGGAAUGGUUGAGAAAACUGAACACACAGAGCAAGGGACAUAUAUCAAGGCACAUGUGCCCCUUCGUUUUGCAAGAUUGCUGACACCCAUGAGGCAAAUGUGUAGAUCCCAAUCUUAACUUCUUAAAUGUAUAUAAUUUGGUAGUUUAUAAAGUUAUAAAUAUCUUUUGUAUCAUACAUGUCACUUUAAAGAUGUACAUAUUUAUGUAAUUCUUGUAAUCAUACUCCUUUGCCCUUUAAAAAUGGAGAUACAUAUAUGACUAAGGAACUAUGGGAAUGCAAGUUUUGCAAAAUGUGAUUGCAACUAC